UUUUGAAAACGGCGUUUUUGGUUUUGUUGUUGCGGUUCUUUCUUGAUGUGAAAAAUCUAUUUUUCUUUAAUAUUUCUCGAGUUUUAACUACUGAAAAAGUACAUUUUAAGAAUAAUUGAGAUAAAUGUGUGAUUAAUCGUGAUCGUAAACAUAGAAAAAAAUAAAUUAGAAAAUAUGACUACCGAAUCUGCGCUUCCGCUACCUCGUCUACCCGUACCGGAUAUUCGUGCCGAAGUAGCGUUCCAACACUCUCAGAAACAAAACCAAAGGUUACAAGAAUAUCGACUUCGCCCACCGAAGCUAAGGUUGGCGAACCGUAGCCAUUUGUCGGCUUGUAUGUCCACAACAGCGCAUGCAAUAUCAUUCCGUGGUGAAUCAGAUGGCAACAGCAAUGCAUUACCUGAAUUAGAUCCCAAUGCGCUGAGCGGUUCAUAUGAUCGUUCAAUGAAUGAAACUUAUUUCGAACAAUGUUUUACGCGCCUUGCGAAAAUUGGAGAAGGAUCAUUUGGUGAAGUUUUCAAAGUUCGUUCUAACGAAGAUGGACGGAUGUAUGCUAUAAAAAUGUCAAAAGAGUUAUAUCGAAGUGAGAAUUAUCGCCAAGAGCGACUGGAGGAGGUGCGACGUUAUGAGCAAUUUUCUGGUCAUGCAAAUUUUGUGCAAUUCUACCGCGCCUGGGAGCAAAAUGAUCGCUUAUACAUGCAAAUGGAGUUAUGUCGUGAAAGUCUAGACAGAUAUUUAGUUCGUCGUCAACAUAUACCCGAAGAUACAAUUUGGAAUAUAUUGCUAGAUUUGUUGCUGGCAUUGAAGAAUCUUCAUGAUCGAAAUCUUAUUCAUUUGGAUAUCAAGUUAGACAAUGUUCUAAUAGGCGAUGACGACAGUUGCAAAUUGGCUGAUUUUGGUUUGGUCAUUGAUGUAGAUCGAGCAAACCGUCAUCAAGCAACAGAAGGAGACUCCCGUUAUAUGGCGCCUGAAAUACUACAAGGAAAGUUCUCAAAAGCCGCUGAUAUUUUCAGCUUGGGAGUUGCAAUGCUUGAAUUAUCUUGUUAUUUGGAUUUGCCUCACAAUGGGCCAUUAUGGCAACAAUUACGUAGUGGAGUUCUGCCGCAAGAUUUUAUGAAAAACAUAUCACCGGAACUAGAAGGACUAAUUAGACAAAUGAUGUCGCCGGAUCCUGAUUCCCGACCCACAGUGGAUCAACUUUUAAGUCAUAAAAAGUUAGUUUCCUUAAUGGAGUGCAGAAAUCGAUGGAAACUAAUAAUAAAAAUGAAACAAACGAUACGGCGUUCGCGUAGAGUGGCGUGGUCAAAAUUAUGCAAUUUGAAGCAAAUAAUUUUUAAUUUCGUCGCAUCGGUUCUUACUGCUUACAUGCACCGCGAUACAAUCAGUAAUGAACACAAACCUAAUGGUUCUCCACUCCAACAGCAUCUUAGAGAUAAGCGACCACCUAUGAUCUCCAUGCGUUUACACGCAUCAACACCCACCGCAGGAAAUGUGCGAAAUACUCCCAUCGAAUUUUUACCAGGCGAGAAUUGCCUGAAUUUAUCUCAGCAAAGUACACCUAUAACCUUUGCGACGCAUAAUAAAAUUGUGAACUCAACUCCUGUAAAUCACAACAAUCACAGUUUCCGCUCACGCAAGGACUUAACCAAGACAAGUUUUAAAGCGGUGGAGAACGACUGUGGUAUAGAAAAUUUUAAUGAUAUCCAAUCUUCACCAACCGCAAUAAGCCGACCAAAUAGUUUCCUAAAUUUAGAGGAUUUGGAACAGAACUCACAAGCUUUCGUCUCGUUGGAUAAAUCGAGUCUUCAAGAGUGCCGAAAGAAACUCUUCUCGAAAAUGGAUAAUUAACCAAUAUAAUGUAUGCGUUAUAUCACAUAGAUAACCACUUGAUAUAUACAAAAAACCUGCAUUGGUAAUAAUUGAAAAUUCACGCCAAAUUAGCAAGCGUUUAAGUUCAAUACUAUAAAUUUAAUUAUUAUAAUAUGAAUAUAACAAAAAUAAGAAAUUGCAUACAAGCUUCCAGGAAAAAACGUAUGCUUUUUUACGUUAGAUGUAAGCAGAUUUACAGAAAUACUACGCAGGGAGCACACAUAAACACACACACACACGUAAUUACCGUCUGUAAUAUGUGAUAUUGCUCAACAAAAUCUUAACUGAAAAUUUAAUUCAAAUAAUGUCUGAUUUGUAACCAAUCAAUUAUUUAUAAUAUUAAUUGUAAAUGUGGUUGUAGUUUGUUAGGAAUGUAAGUUAUUUUCGGCGAUACAUAUGUGAUAUGUUAAUACAAUAUACUUUAUACAUACAUACAAACUUAUAUAAAAAUAUUAUAUACGAAAUGCACAAUGCAUAUUUUGUUGAUUUUUAUGAAUCAUAUACAUAUAUACAUAUAUAUAUAUAUAGAUGGAUAGAAGUAGGUGCCUGUUAAUUUUUAUCUGUUCAUGCAUAACUCCUUUAGCCAAAUUAAGUAUGAAAUUUGAAAACAAAUC